AUGGAUGCGUUGGCCUGUGUGCGUCGUGAAAUCCGGCGCUUACAAGAGCAGCAGCGGCGUGCCCGCUGUGUGCAAGCGCGCUUGGGCUUGACAAGAACAGAUCGUCUGGUGGCCGUGGGAUGUUACACUCAGAGCAAUUACAACCUCCCUUUGGCGAUUACUUUUGUUAAGCAACGUGCCCCGACAUCGUGGCUGCCGUCCACAGACACGGAACUUGGCGAAGUGCUGGAAAACUGGUUUCUGGAAACGCCUGAGGCCACCAUUGUGGCAUUCGAGUAUCCAGAAACCCGCGCGCAGAAGCAGCUGCGCUCACGUGUGGAAAAGUUUUUGGCAGAGUGCGCAACUGUCAGUUUCAUCAAAACGUGCAAUUUCACGAAUGGCUACGCCCCAAGCUCGAGUGAAGACGCGAGGAGCUGGCGACCCACCAAGGCUUGGAACAUGCUUCGCGCUGGCAGCGACAUUGGUGCUCUCGGUUUCGUGGUCGCUGGGGGCUUCGCCUCCGAAGUCUUGGGCCACAUCGUGAGCGGCUUCUGGGAAUGGUGCUUGCACCUCAGGCAGACGGCGGCAUCUUAUGGACGCGAACCCAUCUUCAUCAACAUUGAUGAGUCCUCGAUGCCUCAGUUUUGCAAAGCCAAGCGAGGGGUUUGCAUCCGGCGUUCUGAUUGGCCUGCUGGAAAAGUACCCUGUGGGCCUCGGAAGCCGCCCCGCAACACGGCGACACUGCUGGCCAUGAUAUCAAGCGAAGGCACGCUGCAGAAUGCCCAAACAGCGUCAGCAGCCACAACUGUACAGUAUUGGCGGCGGAAGUCUUCGUGGGUUAAUGGCCCGGUCAUGGUUCAGGCUCUGGAGGAGUUGGCCAAGGCGCUGGGACCACUGCGCCUGUCGGACAGCAAGCAGAUUGUCAUCGUAUGGGAUUGCUGCCGCGUUCACUUGACAGAAGAAGUUUUGACAGCAUGUAAAAGGUUGCAUUUUUGGCUUCUUUUUGUGCCAACGCACAUUACAUCUCUUCUGCAGCCGCUGGACACCUGUGUUUUCGGCCCGCUAAAGCAACGAAUGCGACGACGGUACGCAGAAGCCAUGCGCGGCAGCGGCUGCGUCUCAGUGGCGCAGUGGCUACAGCUCUUGCAAGAAGUGACAGUGACGAUGCUAUCAGAACGAAGCUGGCAGAAGUCAUUUCGUUCGGUAGGCAUCUCCGGCUCAGCGCCUCUCAGCGCAGACCUCCAGCAUUUGGGCAUCGAGUACCCGUUGCCAGAGCCUGGACGUGUGCUUUCUUUGACAAAGCUUCUGCCCCCGGGCAGCGACAGCAAGUGUGAGUUGUUGUUGAACUGUCCCAGGGUGCGUUUCCUGACCUAG